ACCACAUUUUUAGAAGGCAGAGAAACGAACAAUUCUGCUAGAUAUGUUUGGCAUUUAAAAAAGAAUGCUUGAUGUUUUCAAGAAUUUUAACGUUUCAUUAAUAUUGUAGUAUUUAAUUGUUAUAAAGAAUUAGAAAUUUUUCUGAAUACUAUUAGAGACUUGAAGAAUAUUCUUAUUAGGUCCACGUGUUUUCAUAGAUUUUACGUGUCAAUGUCUAUGAUGUGGUAACCUUUGUAUCAAGUAUUAGUAGCUUGGAGUAUUUUUACGCGUAGUUAUUUAUCAAUGUUUCAUUUAGAAAAUGCUUCGAAUCUUGACUGGUGCUGCGAUAGGGCAGAUUGAAAGAUGCAGAGCAGUUAGUACUUGGACUUCCUUGGCUACUGCAUUUAACUCAAAGGCUUCAGAGAAAUAUUGGCUAUCAAGAAAAGAAACUGGUCUAUUUGGCAUACCAGAGCUUGAAAAUGCAGAAGGGUUCACUGCUCUCAAAAGACGUGCAUUAUCUCACUGUGAUGCACUUAUUGCAGAAGCCACAAGUGAAGAUCGAAAAAGAAAGAUGGUGGAAAUAUUCGAUGAACUAUCGGACACAUUGUGCAAAGUAGCUGAUAUGGCAGAGUUUGUGAGAAUAGCUCAUCCUGAAAUUGAAUUUGCAAAUGCAGCAGAAGAUGCUUGUAUAGCAAUUAGUGGUGUUGUUGAAAAACUAAAUACUCACAGGGAACUUUACAAUGCUCUAACACGUGUUGUAUCCAAAGGUGAUGUACAGAGAACAACAGACAUAGAUAAUCAUGUAGCAAAAUUAUUUAUAUUUGACUUUGAACAAUGUGGCAUUCAUCUACCUGAACAACAGAGACAACAAGUUGUCGAAUUAAACGAUUACAUUCUACAAGUGGGACAAAAAUUUAUGGCAGGCGCUGUUAAUCCACGUGCUGUAAAGAGCGAAAUUUUACCAAAAAAUAUCAGAGAACAUUUUGCGGCAGAAGGCGGACAAAUAUUGGUGCAUGGUCUUUAUACGGAUUCGUCUAAUGCUCUUGCUCGAGAAGCAGCUUAUAAGAUAUUCUUAUAUCCAGAUGGACAGCAGGAACACCUACUACGAGAACUUUUAAAUUCCAGACAUGAAUUAGCGGAAAUUUGUGGAUUUCCUACGUAUGCGCACAGAGCCGUCAAAGGAAGUACAGUAGAAACUCCUGAGGUUGUGUAUGACUUCUUAAAUAUAUUGAACCAUGAAUUAAGAGAUCGUGCAGCAGUUGAUUUUGAUGUAAUGCAAGAGAUGAAAAAUGCAGAAAAUUCCUCGAAGCAGACAUUAAUGGCAUGGGAUACUGCGUAUUUUAUGGCAAAGGCCAAGAAAUCUUGGCUGAAUACAUCCACUGCAGAAUUUGCGCCAUAUUUCUCCCUAGGAACAUGUAUGGAUGGCUUGAGUACAUUGACGCAAGCAUUAUAUGGUGUGAGAUUAGAAUCAGAACCUGUAUUGCCUGGUGAGGUGUGGUCAAAGGAUGUACGAAAGUUGGCUGUAAUUGAUGAAAAUGAAGGAACGCUGGGCUAUAUUUAUUGUGACUUUUACGAAAGAGAAGGAAAGCCUAAUCAAGAUUGUCACUUUACUAUCAGAGGUGGAAGACAAUUACCAGACGGUUCUUACCAAAGUCCUAUAGUGGUGUUAAUGUUAUCAUUACCAUCGCCUAGGUGGUCAUCUCCUUGUUUAUUGAGUCCCUCAUCCGUGGAUAAUCUCUUUCAUGAAAUGGGGCACGCGUUGCAUUCAAUGCUUGGUAGAACUCAAUAUCAACAUGUAACUGGUACUAGAUGUAGUACUGAUUUUGCUGAAGUGCCAAGUGUACUUAUGGAGUACUUUGCAAGCGAUCCAAAAGUGGUAGCGACCUUUGCCAAGCAUUUUCAGACUCAAGAACGAAUCCCAGAAGUUAUGCUGCACAGAUUAUGCGCCUCUAAAAGCAUGUUUCCUGCCUCUGAAUUACAGAAUCAGGUGUUUUAUAGUAUGUUGGAUCAAGUUUAUCAUAGUAAACGUUUGGAACGUUCUAGUACAGAAAUUCUGUCAGAGCUCCAGGAGAAGUUUUAUGGUCUGCCCUAUGUGGAGAAUACAGCAUGGCAAUUGAGAUUCUCCCAUUUGGUUGGCUAUGGCGCAAAGUAUUAUUCCUAUCUCAUAUCUCGCGCCAUUGCUUCUUGGAUCUGGCAGACUUAUUUCCAAGCCGAUCCCCUCUGUCGUUCCUCCGGUGAGAAAUAUCGACGGGAAUGUCUGGCUCAUGGUGGCGGGAAACCACCCUCUAAAUUAGUAUCCGAUUUUCUUAAUAAAGAAGCUAAUGCAACAAAUUUCGCCAAAUCGUUGAUCAAUGAAAUAGACAUGAAGAAUGAUCAUGUGCAGACAAUAAAACGGAUGUUUAAUUAAUAAUCGUGGAGACUUUUACCCCUAACUACAUCUCCUAUUGAUAUUGUAACAUUUUGUAAUUAUGUAUAUUCAGCAGUACAUCCGACGUUAGUUUCAAUUCAAAACUAAUAUAUCCCUUGAUUGAAAAUUUAAGUGAUCUUUAACACAUUGUCUUCAUAGUAUAAUUCGUCACACUAUAAGUGUACACUUGUAUGUGAUGUAAAUAGGAGCUGAACAUGACAAAACUAGCAAACUAAAUUUUUUUUAGUUUU